GAGAUGAAGGAGAAAUGCAAAGCUAUGGGACAGGAAUGCGCCGAAGUGAACAACACGGCCGCCUGUAAAGAUAAACGACCGGACGUAUGUAAGGAUGAAAUGCAGAAGCAGUGCGAAGAAAAUGACCUACAAUGUGCGGUUGUGGAUAAUGUAGCACAUUGCGUUGACCCCAAUAAGAAAAAGUGUGACUCGGAGAUGAAGGAGAAAUGCAAAGCUAUGGGACAGGAAUGCGCCGAAGUGAACAACACGGCCGCCUGUAAAGAUAAACGACCGGACGUAUGUAAGGAUGAAAUGCAGAAGCAGUGCGAAGAAAAUGACCUACAAUGUGCGGUUGUGGAUAAUGUAGCACAUUGCGUUGGUAAGUUCUCUUUACGCUGAUACAGUACCCGAAAAAAAAUAAAUCGUAAACGAAAUGAGAAAUAAUAACGAGUAUACGCUGCGUAUCGUACAUCAAUGAAGGUUCUCGACGCAAUAUAGGUGUAUCAAAUUUUAACUUUAAUUUUGAGAUACUCUCAUACAACGCGUCUAACAUCAAUUGCACCUCUCCUCGCAUUAGAAUAACCGAAAUGUAUAGGAGAAGUUGUUUCCACUUUGCAAGGUAUAUUAAUCCUGUUUCCAACAUUCAAUGCUAAUGUUAUACUCAGGUGUAUUCUAGAAAGUAUUUUGCAAAGAAGACCGCCACACUUUAAAUUCACCACUUGCUGGAAAACCACUAGGAAUCUGUAACGACGAUGAGCAGCAGAUUUGCAAGGAAAACGGCCUACAGUGCACUCUUGUGGAUAAAAAACCGCCGCGCGUUGGUACGCAUUUAUUUUUUCUCAAAGCGAUUCCAAAAAGCAUAACCAAGGAAA